AGGCGAUAUUCAAUACCAUGAGAAUAAUACAACGGUGUUUUAGGAAAACACGCCUCAAAAUGUUCAUUUUCCUUCUUUGUGGCAUCACACUCCUGAUUUUCAUUGCUGCAAUGCUAAACAUAGUGUUAAUACCGAAGGCAGAUUUACUGGAUCGCCAACAAAAUCCUUUGAUAGUAUAUAAAAGAUCGCACGUAGUAUGUGUUGUUGCAAGGGCUAGAAUGGGAAACAACAUGUUUCAAUUUGCCGCUGCCCUAGGAAUAGCAAGAUCUAAAGGAAUGCUACCCGUCAUUACUGAACAUUUCCCUCUUAGAAAAAUAUUCAAACUAACUAUCAGUGUGGUUCCAGUUAACAGUGGUAUUUGUGACAGUAGUCGCAUCAUUACAAGAGUAGAACAAAAACCAUCUAGUUAUGACAAAGACUUAGUCAAUUUCACAAAUUCACAAGACGUGCGUUUAGUGUCAUAUUUAGGAUCAUAUUUAUAUUUUUACAAAUACAGCAGUGAACUCAGGAAGCAGUUUUUAUUCCAGGACAAAAUUCAAUCCGAAGCAAACAAAACGAUGGAAGUUAUACUCAAUAGAUUAAACAUAAUUUCUCGACAAAAAGUGACUUUAAUCGGGGUUCAUGUUCGUCGAGGAGAUUAUGUAAAAAACAAUGAAGGGUACCUACCGGCAACAAGAGAAUACCUUUAUCAAGCGGUUGAGUGGUAUGAGUUAAGAUACACAAAUGUUUACUUCAUUGUAGCAUCUGAUGGAAUUGAUUGGACUAAGCGUAAUAUGCCAACUCAUAUUGAAGUCGCAUAUUUAGAAGGACAUAGUCCGGCGGUUGACAUGGCAACUGUAUCCAUGUGCGAUCAUUUCAUAUCGACUGUAGGUACAUUUAGUUGGUGGUGUGGAUGGCUUACAGGUGGAAAUGUUUUGUAUUACAAAUGGCCAUGUAAGGAAGGAAGUCUAGUUCGUGCAAUGUACAGUUCAAAUUAUUCUGAUUUCUACUAUUCACAUUGGAUUGGAUUGUGAUUCUGUAGUUUGAAGUCAUAUCACCUUUACUUUCA